CUUUCAGCCGCCUGGACAGGUCUUCAUCUUCCUCUCGCACGCGAUGUGCUCAUCUCCCUCCUAUCCUCUGCUCCCCAGCUCCGAUCCAGCGCUCUGGGCUGUGCUCCCUCUCUCCUCCAUGCGUGAGGUGCCAGCGGACUGACCUUCCCCAUGCAGCUCCUUCCUCUCGCUCCCGCUCCAGCUUCUCUACGCUGCCGCCGUUCCCUCGCGCAGCGUCGUCCUAGACCCGGCUGGGCGCGCUCGGGUCUUGUUGGCGCGGCGGCGGCGACCCCUGUGGCCGCAGCUCACUCCCGGUGCUUCUCUCCCUGCUUCAAUUUUUUUCCAGCCAUGGUGCUCGCGCCGGCGUCCUCGACUCCUCAGUCUGGCGCGCUGUUUUUUUUUCCAUGUCCCUGUGCGCGAGCUGAUUCAGCUUGUCGGUCAUCCACUGCUCCUCGGCGCUCCUUGCUCGGCCUCCGACGGCUGUCGUCCCUCGCCACGCCCUGGCCGCAUCGCUGGCUCCCCUCGGUUCCAGCCAUCAGUUGCCGCGGCAUCCUCUCAGUUCUCGGUCAGAGAAUUCGCGCGCCCUCAAGCGUCAGCCGCGUCGACCUCCCUGCUCGCUGUUCUCCAGCUCGCUCUGGCCGCGGACACCGUCGAGUCGUCGAACCCCGUCCUCCUCUGCUCGACUCCCAAGCAGGCUCCCUGAUCCACGUCCUUCUCGCCGUCGAUUUCCCACGCCUGUGGCCACGGCACUCGCUCCUCGGAUCCUUGUCGUCGAUCUUCAGUCCUCGUCAGUUGCUAACGUGCAGCACGCCUCGCUCUCGUGCUCGCCGUCGUUUGGUCAUGAGAUGUUCGUCCCUGCGCGCUCACUAUGUCGUCGCACGCCAAGUCGAUUCUGCCUCGUGGUGCUCGUCAAAUGUUCGAUGGAACGUCUAAUCUGAUAAUUGUUGCCGAUUCUGGGGAUUUUCGAGUUUAUUUGAUCGCGGAACGUUAAUUAAUCGCGUGAUGCGGAAGAAGAACCAAGCCGACCCCAAGCGUGGGCUAAUCUGCAAGCUGAAGCUGAUGAAUCAACCUGAAGACGGUUAAAUCAAGCAAGUGCUCGGUCGAAGGAUACUCGUCAAGCGGACGUCACCUAACAACACUAACCUAGUGUUACUCCGGGCAAGCCCCGGUGCAUGCAACCCCUUUCCUUGUGUUUUUAAAUACUUUUCGCACACUUAAGUCUAGUGAAAUGUGCAUUAGGUUCAUAGGAAGUGCUUGGAACCCUUUGAUGCAUUGCUUUCCUUGAUAUCCAUACCUUUAUAGAUACUUCUGUGAAGUAUCAAAAUAUGAUUUACAAAAAUGCUUAGCCUUGCUUAGAUCUUAUGGAUAGAGGUUAUCCUCAGUCUAACCCGGGAGAGGAUGGUUUCUACCUGC